AUGAAUGGACAUUUCUCUAUUGAGUGGAUGGCCCAGAGCAGCCAGCAAGAAGGGUCAGAGACCACCACCAUCACUGCCUGUGGACCCAUGGCCUGUGGGACACUUUCUGAGAGUCUGCCAGGUUUUUAUUGCAGGCAAAAGUCAGAGAAUUUACCCAAACAGGAGAAGCAAGAAAACAUGAGUCAGGCCCUCGAAGCAUACAGCCAGACUGCUCUCCAGCAACAAACUGCUCCCAAUAAUCAAGUGACUGAGAUUGGUUUCAGCAGUGGGACAGAGGAGGAGACCUCAGGAUAUGAUAGUGAAAGUGGGCACUCCCUCUCCCCUUCAGUCCCCACAGACUCAAAGUUACCACCAUCCCCUCCGGUGGGCCGGAGGCCCCGGACGGCUUUCACAGCAGAGCAGAUCAGCAGCCUGGAGAAGGCCUUCAGCAGAAAUCCUUAUCUGGGGACACAAGAUAAGGCAGAACUCUGCAAAAAGCUUCACCUGUCUGACAAACAGAUUAGAAACUGGUUCCAGAACAGACGGAUGAAGGUAAAGAGAACAAUGCAAGAUGCUCUUGCUCAAGCAUGCCAGGCAAAUGUCUGCCAAGCCCCACAGUUCAUGCAUUACCCUGAACUACAGACCUUCAGGCCAGGGCCAUACCCCAGAUACCGCUCAGCAGCAGCAGUAGUACCUGAGGGCCCAGCUCCUGCCUCCUACAUCUAUCCACACAACCGUGUGCAGUUCAGCUCCCCUAUACCCAGCAUCGCCACUCUGCCCAUGGACUCUUUCUACCAGUACAGCAGCCUCCCCGGAGUCAUGGUGCCCUCUGCCACAUCUCAUCUCAGAGAGUCCUACUCGACUUAUCCUCCAUAUUACUAA